AAAAAAAGGUCCCGCCCCCCCCCCCCCGCAUGGGCGCCAGAACCUUGAGGUUCAUUGCCCCCCCCCCCUCCUCACCCCCGCAUGGGCGCCAGAACCUCGAGGUCCAUGCUUCCCCCCCUUCCCGACCUUCUAUGUCUGGUGGACAGCAGCAACAGUUCCAGCGUCUGAAGGUAGAGGAUGCUCUCUCCUAUCUGGAUCAGGUGAAGCUGCAGUUUGGUAACCAGCCCCAGGUCUACAAUGAUUUUCUAGACAUUAUGAAGGAGUUCAAAUAUCAGAUGUGA